AUGGAUAUGGAGAGGGAGGCAAAUGCAUUAGCUGGAGCGAUGAAAGGGCUGUUCGGAUUGGUGAGAGGGGAGCUGGCAGCAUUGAAGGGGGAGCUGGCAGCCGUGAAGGGAGAGUUGGAGGCAGUUAGGGAGGAGGUGGCCCGUCAGAAAGAACGUGUGUUGAUUCUGGAGGAGAAGAAAGCUGAUGUGGAGAACGAGGUGAAUGAGUUAAGGCACGCACUGGGUGUUGUGGAAGAGAGGAGUGUGGCGUCUGCUGCGGUGGUGGAGGAGGGGGAGAGAGAGUUGAUAGCGGUGAGGGGAGAGCUGACUGCAACGAAGAGGGAACUGACUGAACACAAGAGUGCUGUGGCAGAGCAAUGGAAGAAGAGAAGAGGAGAACUGGAUGUGAGAGAGCAGCGUAAGGAGGCUGGAAUGGGAGAGGCGGUUCUGGCUGAUGCCACAGCGCCAGCGAAUGUUGACACCCCCAACCCCAACCCUCAAACCCCCCUGAGCAAGGAGGACGAGGCUUUCAAGAAGCACAUGUUCCGGCCGUGGGUCAAGGCGUCCACUGCCCGUGGCGUGUGGAGCAUGUGGAAUUCACCUUUUGAGCAGUAG